GGCGGGUGAGCAGAGGCCUGAUGUCACUCAGCUCUACAUAAGGGCCCCCUGCAGGCUCCUGCAGGCAGUUUGGAAGCAGCUGGAGGAAUGAAUUAGGUUCCUGGUUGCAGUACUUUUGUUCUUCUUUUCUUUUCUUUCUUAAAACAGACAAAGCUGUUGAGUGAAAUGCCGCCUCCACAGAAAAUCCCAAGCGUCAGACCUUUCAAGCAGAGGAAAAGCUUGGCAAUCAGACAAGAGGAAGUUGCUGGAAUCUGGGCAAAGUUCCCAAACAAGAUCCCGGUGAUAGUGGAGCGCUACCCCAGGGAGAAGUUCCUGCCCCUGCUGGACAAAACCAAGUUCCUGGUCCCGCAGGAGCUGACCAUGACCCAGUCCCUCAGCAUCAUCCGCAGCCGCAUGGUCCUGAGAGACACAGAAGCCUUUUACUUGCUGGUGAACAACAAGAGCCUGGUCAGCAUGAGUGCAACCAUGGCAGAGAUCUACAGGGACUACAAGGAUGAGGACGGCUUCGUGUACAAGACCUACGCCUCCCAGGAGACGUUUGGCUGCCUGGAGUCAUCAGCCCCCCUGGAUGGGAGCAGCCUUGAGGACAGACCCUGCAAUCCUCUCUAG